AUGGUGGAGAGGAUUCCGUGGAGAAGAUUCAGGACCAUCCCCUUGGAUUCCCUUCCUUUUUGCGAAGAUAUGGACGUUUAUCUCUAUUCCGCUUUUCAUGACCAUCGGAACGAGAGCAAAAUUCGUAUUUUUGGCAUGAUCAUCGGACCUGAAGACUCCGUUCCUAGUCUCCAAUGCACAUUUUAUAAAGGAAACCAAACCUAUGGGUUCCGCGAGGGGCAGUUUAAAGUAUUCUAUCACAGAAUUCAACAGACAUGGCCUCUUCCAUUCACGCUUAAAUGUCCACUGACAGAAGGAGAACCUAUCCCUGACACGGUCUCAGUAUUAUCUCCAGAAUCCGACGAAACAAUAAACAUACUGAAAGUGUUUCACCGAGACAAGAAUACCUUGAAUAGCGAGAGUCAUGCGGUAUCCCUGUGCGUAAGGCAACUCUACUUCGUGCAGGAUCUCUCCUACCUCCUUACGGAAUGGCUGGAGAUCCUCAAGUCGAUGGAAGUGGGGAAGGUGUUCGCUUAUGACCUCCAAGCUCAUGCGAACAUGGAACGGGUGCUGGAAUACUACGAUGACCAGGGGUAUAUCAUCCCGGCGGUCCCGAAGCGGCGGCAUGGUUAUCGGGAAAAUAUUCAAGCGGUACCAGAGAUCCUCACGGAAACGACCCUUGCGGACCUCUUCCUGCAAAUCUCGGUUGGUGGCGGCAGUGAUCCGUACAUCGAUUUUGAUGGUGCGAGAGCUGCCCACCCGUUCAAACUCGCCAUCCUGGAGGACGCGCAGCAGCUUUNUGGAUAUGAAUACGUUGUUGUCAUCGACGUUGACGAGAUGAUCGUCCCAAACCCGCCAUACAGGACCUGGCCAGAACUGAUGCAGCAGCUGCUGUCCAGGAACCCUGGAUACGAUUGCUAUUACUCUCGAACCAGGAUUAUUUUUAUGGAGGAAGGGGAACCUACCGGAUGGCUUCAGGAUUACUCCAUAAAACUGAGACACACGAAAGCGGCAGAAUUCCCCAAUGGUUCAUCUCGGGUCGGAAAGAGCAUAUGCGUGACCGACAGGCAAGAGAUUAUGUCCAACCAUUAUACGGUGAUGUGCUACCCAGGUGACUGCACCUACUGUACGUACCACACUCCUAGAAAUGCUGGGGAACUGUAUCAUUACGGGAAAUGCUCGGUCGGGAAUUGCACCGGUUCGGGAGGGAAUGCCACCUGCGACGGAGAGAGCUGUGAAGUGGUUCGAAAGACUUCCCUGCUGCCUCACGAGGACUCCGUCCGGCAGGGCGUUCUCCACACCUUGUAA